CCCCUCCCUCCCCUCCCUGCUACCCCCGCUUUCCUCCCCCUCGCGCCGCCGCCGCCGCCGCCACCUCCUCCGCAGUCAGCCCACCGCGAAGCGAGGUCGAAUCAGCCAUGGCGGACGCCAAGACCACCACGGCGGUCACCCUCCGCACCCGCAAGUUCAUGACCAACCGCCUGCUCGCCCGCAAGCAGUUCGUGCUCGAGGUCAUCCACCCCGGCCGCGCCAACGUCUCCAAGGCGGAGCUCAAGGAGAGGCUCGCCAAGGUGUACGAGGUCAAGGACCCCAACUGCAUCUUCGUGUUCAAGUUCCGCACCCACUUCGGAGGCGGCAAGUCCUCCGGGUUUGGUCUCAUCUACGACAACCUCGAGUCCGCCAAGAAGUUCGAGCCCAAGUACCGCCUCAUCAGGAACGGUCUUGCUACAAAGGUGGAGAAGUCACGAAAGCAGAUCAAGGAAAGGAAAAACAGGACCAAGAAGAUCCGUGGUGUGAAGAAGACCAAGGCCGGAGAUGCGAAGAAGAAGUAAGGGCCUUUGCUUGGUUUAGGACGGUAUCCCUGUGGCAAUGUUGCUGAGUGCUUAAUUAUAACUAGAAAAGACUUUGUCAUUUAUGUCAUCUCCUGGUAUGUUAAGAGGCAUUUUGUAGUAUCUUAUGCUAUGAUUUUGAGGAACUUGUCAGACUAUCAUAUACACCUGGUUGUCGUUGUUCUUGGUUUCGGCCAUUGAUCAGUCAAAAUGCAUUGUGGGUUAUUUCCCCCUUGAAUGUUUC